UUCCUUCCUUAGUUUGAAUUAAUCAAUUCAUUCAUUAUUCAUCCUUUGUCUUUCUACUCUUUUCUAGUAUACUCUUCCUUUUUUCUUUUUCUUUUUUUUUUGUCCAUUGUAAAUGACUGAUACUUCUUUCCUCACUCCUCCACUGUCACCAAAGUCAAAUCCAUCCAUGUCUUUGCCUGCCGUUGCUGACCAGUCAAUCGCCACAGACCUCAGUGACAGCACUGCAUCACUAACUUCCACCUCUUCCUCUUCCUCCUCUCUUGAUUCCAAGACUGUCACAGACACUUCCACUCCUACCUUAUCAGCCUCGGCCCACAAUGAGGAUAGUCAGCAUCAUCCACUAGCUCAAAUUUUGGGCCUUUAUCAUAAAGCUACCUCCACUUUCCUUCUUCGUCAACUGGCAGCUGCAUAUACAACUAGUUUAGAAGCAUUGGAGCUGCUUGCCCGGACUAACCAAGAUUAUGGCCUUGAUCACUCUCCGGACCUGUCAACCCGGCGUUCGUUCUUUGUGUUGAAACAAAAAUUAUGGAUUCUUCAUGCCACGAUCUUUGGAGCGGUGUUAUCGGAUCGUGCAUCAGCUCAGGCAGCAGCGGCAGCAGCAACAGCAGGAAACAACUAUAGCAACAGCUAUGCCAGCAGUACUUUGUUAUCCUCAUCUAGGAAAAGAAUCUCAGGAUCAAUCAAGGAUAGUCCCGAAAAAUUGGUCAAGGAUUUAUGGAGACGUUUGGUGGAUGACUAUGGAGGAUUGGAGGGGGAUGUUGAUGGUCAGAUCAUGGUAUCAUUCACAUUGUUAUGUAUCAACCAAAAGCUGUAUGCAUUGGCAAGACAAAUUGUGGAAGCAUAUCUUGCAACGAUUCCAGAUGACAUGUUAAUUCAUUUAGAGACAGCUGCUGGAGUUUCCUUGACACAUGAGGAGAUUGCCGCUUCUGGCCAGAAGGACCCAUUGAUGACCAAUUACGAACGACUUGUGGAGUUAUACUUGAUCCAUGUAUUAGCCAAGUUAGGCGAGUGGGAUUGUGCGACUAACUUUUUGCAGUUCAAUAGCGUUCUCUCAGAUUCUACUAAGAAGACUUAUGGCAAGAUUUUGGACAGGCUCCACCAGAAAUCAUUGAGGCCUAAAAAAGCAAUCGCGAAGCAACCACAGCAGCAGAGUUCUGGAGCACUGGAAGCAAAGUCUUUGUCGACUUCAGCAUCGCCAUCGGCUGCAUCGACUUCAUUUUCAUCGCCAACUCUAUCUUCAACCUCGACCAUGGGGUCUUUAGCGGCAACGGCAGCUAAUUCGAUUGAUUCUACUCCAGAUUUGUUGCCUGUAUCAAAUGCUGAGGCAAAUGGCGUUAAAAAGUCUGUUUCGGGCGGUGCAUCGCCAUCUCCUAUAGUCAAGACCAAAUUAGUGACUUCGCCCAAACAAGGGGUAAAGACUAAUGGUGGUAGUGCAGCUGUUUCUGUGUUGACUAUGCAAGCCAAGCUGAUGGCGUUGAUGCAGCAUUAUGUUGAAAUGGUCAAGAAGGCGUCAAAUCAGAUGGGUACCAACCAACUGAUGGUGAUUGUAGGGCUUGUGGUGUUUUUGGGUACGUUGUCAAGGAACCGUGUGAAGGCAUCCGAAUACUUUAAAGCAGGGAUGGCUAAAGUGAUGCAAACUAUCAGAAUGGGGACCACGGUGACAGGCAUUUAAAAGAAGGAAGAAAAAAAAAGAAAAAAAGAAAAGAGGGUAAAAUAGCGGAAACGUUUUG